AUGAGUAUAAAAGCCGUGUACUUUGGCCAUUCAGUCAUUUUUCUCCAACUUUUUGGUGACGGACGGUGCGGUCUCUUUUGCUCUGUGAUUACUGUAAAGUGAGUUUUGUCAUUUUUUUUUGAUUUUUUUUAGAAAUUGGGUUGGUUUAUUAAAUAUUUGGUGGAAAAUUUUGUAGUAGGUACUAUUUUUUGGAAUUUUCAUAAGUUUUCAGACGAUUUCAAAAACUGUCUGAGAACUUUUGCUACAUAAAAGACUGGAAAAAUUUUGUAUUUUAAAGUUUGAGCUGAUUGAAAUGUGUAUCUAAAGGUUUAUUUAUCGUUAGUAUACUGUAUUUUUUUUAGCUCUGUAAUAAAGCGACUUCAAAUGGCUGGUUGUAAGUUAAGCUUGGCUCCUGGUAUUGAGUUUGGUGGUAGGUUUUCAUUUUUUUUUAAAUUUACUAGUUUUGAAAUAUACUAUGAUUACCUUAAAAACUUUAUUUACACCCAACAUUUUCAGACCACUCUUCGCGCAAACGAAAGUGUCCGAACAAUCUUGGCAUGUCACCGAUGGAAAUCCACUUUGAUGGGCAUGGCAAACGCACGGAGAUUCCGGUGAAACGUCGCCACCUGGACAAACCCACUCUUCAGGAAGUGCUCGGCGCCAUAUUUGUGAAUAAUAUGCACCAACCAGCUCGUCCUCAUCGAAUGGGCCCGUUUGGGGACGGGUUUUGA